AUGAUCGGCUCUUCUACCAGCAGUGCGCUGAUGGUGACUGAGCUAGCGCGGUCAGCUGACCUUUAUGAUGAGUCAGCUGAUGUGUUAUUAUUGAGAGUUCCGCGGUUGAUUGACUCUUCUAUCAGCAGUGCGCUGAUGAUGAUUGAGCUCUUUUGCCCCAGUAGUCUACAGGUUAUGAGACUGUUAAGCUGUCAAGAGACAUCUCAGAAGUAUGCUCUAGAAGUCUUAUGA